GUGGGGGGGGAGGGUCGUAGUAAAUCAGAGGAGGAGUGUUUUUGGUGAACCUGGUACGUCAGGAGAAGGGGGGGAAUCAGGUCUGUAUAUACUUAGAAGAGGGUCUUUUUAAUAGGAGAAAAGGACCUGCUCAGUGGUAGGGAGAAACCGUGCGUGAGGAAGUUACAAGGCCGUAGGAAGGGGGCGGGGUGGCUAGAGUAUUGAGCAGCUGGUGGCUCAAGGUUUUCACCUUCAAAGGAAUUCAGGGAGGAAACCCCUGACUGGAAUUGCCUGCACUGUCUAGGAGUUUAGUUUCUUAAGAUCCUGAGUUUCUACUGCGCUGGGUGAAAAGGGGCCACCCAGGAAGUGGGGAUCUGAAGAUGUGUCAAGGAUGAUCCCACGAGGUGGCACUGCAGUUUGUUUCCCAGAGUGAGAUGUUCAUGGUGGCCGGUUAACUUCCUUUGUUUGGCCUCUACCUGCGGAAGAAGAAAGCAGGCUUCUCGAGAAAGGGUUGCCCCUUAGAGCCCUCCCAGCCAUUUGGCAUCGACAGUUCCCAGUUCCAUCGACACGAAGAUGACUGCCAAUAUUGGAGACCAGCGUGCCUCAGAAUGGGUUCCUCAGUAUACCUUGGGUAACGGAAGCACCAGAGAGAACGGAAUGGAUGGUCCAAUGCAUGAGAACCCUGAGUGGGAGAAGGCCCGUCAGGCCCUGGCUAGUAUUAGCAAGGCCAGUGCUGCUGCCGCCUCUGGCAAUAAUAAAGGUGCCACCAAUGGACAGGCUAAUGCACAGUAUUCAACCCAACAGGGGGAAUCUCUCCAACAGCAGCAACAGUACUACCAGUGGUAUCAACAAUAUAGUUACCUCUAUCCCUAUAAUUAUUAUUAUCCUAUGAAUGUAUAUCCUGGCUACAGCUCUUCUGGGCAAUAUGGUGUUCCAGGCUCUUACCCGUCUGCAGCACCUCAGCAGCCACCAGCUCCUGGACAGCACCAAGCAAGCAUGAACCAACCUCCAGUCCCCGGCAUGGAAGAUGGAGGGAUGUCAUAUGCAAGCCAACAGCAGCAAAUGCAAGUUUCAAAUCCACCACAGUCACCUAUGCAACAUCCCUCCCAUCCUUCCCAGCAUAGCAACCAUCCCAUGGGCUCCUUGGGGCAGCAGCAGCAGCAGGGUGGACCUACCGGAGGACCACACUCCCAACAAAACCAGUCAAAUGCCUCCUACAACCAGCAGCAGCAUUCCUAUCAGGAGGCGCCCAAGCCCAAGAAGGGGCAGCAGCUUUGGAACCGCAUGAAACAAGCACCUGGAUCUGGUGGUCUGAAAUUCAACCUUCCGAAACGCCCCUUUGUGGUAACAAAUCAGAACUUCAACUCAUCAGAGCAACAGCAGCAACACAACUUUGGUUCACAACAGAAUUCUGAAAAACGGCACAAUCACAGUUCUUCAACAGGUAAGCCGGAAGAUUGGCCACAAGACAUGAAAGAGUAUGUUCAGCGCUGUUUCACUGCCUGCGAAUCAGAGGAAGACAAAGAUCGCACUGAGAAAUUGCUCAAGGAAGUGUUGCAAGCCAGGUUGCAGGAUGGCACUGCCUAUACAAUUGACUGGAGCAGAGAGCCACUUCCAGGCUUGGGCCGAGACAAUGUGGCUGAAAGCCCCAAGAAGAAACAGCAGCGUUGGGAAAUGUCUUCUCUCCAUUCGGGACGCCCUUCUAUGCAGUCCACCCUUUCCCAGCAGCAGCAGCAACGGAACAGCAGUGGCAGCUCUCAGCCUCAGCGGGGAGGAGGCAGCGGGGGAGCUGGGGCUGGUCGGGCUCGUGGGAACAGCUUCCCUACCAAGUUCGGAAACCGCAAUGUCUUCAUGAAGGAGAACAGCUCAUCCUCAAGUGUUGACUCACGUUCCAGGUCUCGGUCCUCAUCACGAUCUCCCAGUCGGCACUUUCGACGAAGUGAUUCAGAUUCAGACAGUUCCUAUUCAGGCAACGAGUGUCGCUUGGGUGGCAGGAGAAAUACCCAGAAGAACCGGGGCCGUGGAGGCCACAUGGAUAGAGGCCGGAUGAGAGCCCAGCGAGGAAAGAGGCAUGAUCAAGGGCCUUCCAAGCGCAACCGGAAGCGAAACACUAUGGACUAUGAAGAUCCUGAGAAGGAGUUCAAGAAAGAGCGUCGGGCAGCCCGAUUCCAGCAUGGCACUCACUCCAAAAAGCUGCGUCUGGAGCCCCUUAUCUUGCAGAUCAACAGUCUAGAUACCUCUGGCUCUGAUGGUCUCGAUUGGAAUGAGCUGAAGAUUGUGGGCACCUCCCAGGAGAUCACCAAACAUUACCUGCGCCUUACAUGCGCACCAGACCCCUCCACUGUCCGGCCAGUCUCUGUGCUUAAAAAAUCUUUGAACAUGGUGAAAUCCCACUGGAAGGAGAAGCAAGAUUAUGCUUAUGCUUGUGAGCAGAUGAAAUCCAUCCGGCAAGACCUCACGGUUCAGGGAAUUCGUACAGAAUUCACUGUGGAGGUCUAUGAAACUCAUGCCAGAAUAGCACUAGAGAAGGGUGACCACGAGGAAUUCAACCAGUGCCAGACACAGCUGAAGUCUCUGUAUGCAGAGAACCUCCCUGGAAAUGUUGGAGAAUUUACUGCCUACCGCAUCCUCUAUUAUAUUUUCACCAAGAACUCAGGAGACAUCACCACGGAACUGGCCUAUUUGACCAAAGAGCUGAAAGCAGACCCCUGUGUGGCCCAUGCCCUUGCCUUGCGAGCUGCCUGGGCUCUGUCCAAUUAUCACCGAUUCUUCUGCUUAUACCGCCAGGCGCCCUGCAUGUCCGGUUACCUCAUUGACAAAUUUGCUGAACGGGAGAGGAAAACGGCCCUCAAAGCCAUGAUCAAAACUUUCCGCCCGGUGCUUCCCGUCUCCUACGUUGUGUCAGAGCUGGCCUUCGAGAGCGAGGAGGAGUGCCAAGCCUUCCUCGCAGCUCUCUCCCUUGCGUAUACUAGUCCCGACGCCACCAAGAUUGACUGCAAGCAGAGCUUGGCGGUCCUGGCCAAUUUUUGAAAGCACCCUCCCCUGCCCUGUCCUACAUGUACAUAUAUAUAUAUAUGUAUUUGUAUGUAUAUAUGUAUAUAAAACCAGAUUCAGUUAGCUGCCAUGGCAUUCUGGAGCCUAGUUCUGCCACUCCUCCCGCUGUCCACACUGCACACGGAUAGAAGAGGGUAAGAUCCAUGGACAUCAGAUGGCAUCUAAGACCACCAGACCCAGAGAAGAGCAGAGCCUUUAACAAUUAUGAUUUUUUUUUUGUCAGCAGUGGGAUAGGGCAGUGUGUGUGGGUAAACAGGUUGCGAUCAACUGUGGUUUCUUCUUUGUGUCAAGAUGCAUGAGAAAACACAGCUGCAAAAUGCCUUCUGUCAGAAAUUGGUCAGAAAUUGCUGAGAUAAAGAGUUGGGGGAUUUGUAAAUGAAUUUCUGGGAGAUGUGGAUUUACCUGCUGUCUCUUCUGUUAAUCUUCACAUUCACAAGUGUUCAGGAAACUAGAGUAUUUUCUCACUAAACCACAAGGAGAUUAUGUUGUCUAUUUUUAUUUUCAAAAAUCACAGCACUAUCUUUCCAGAGAAAUAAUUUUUUCGAUUCAACUUGGCAAACUUCUCAGAAGGCAGCAGUCCUUGAGAUCAAAUGGUUCCAUUGUGUAAAUAUGUGGAAUAUGAUUUUGUACAGAAGCUGCAAAUUGUAAAUAAUGCUAGAAAAUUGUUGUUUUCUAAGAAAAUCCCCUUGCUUUUCUACUUUUAUAAUGAUGAGUUUAACAAGUGGUUUUCUCUGAAGAUGAAAAAUCCAGGUUGUUUUGUGUGCACUUACUGUGUUCUCCAUUAUGCUCCUCAAAAACUAACACUGUCUCAGUUUUUUCCUCUUCCGAGCUACGACCUGGUUCUGAAAAAGCACGAGAGAGAUGCCACCUCUCCAGUUGAGCAAAAAACCAGCCUGAGGAGGAAGAGCAAAGCAAAAUCUGCCUUCGCCCAUUUCGUACCAGUUCAAAGACUUUUUCCUAUGCAGAGGAGAAUGUAAAAGACUUUUAAAUUAAACCUUAUAUGGAUAAGGCAACAUGAAGUGAAGAGAAUCAAAUUAAAGCAAUAAGCAGUGGCCGUGGCAUCAAAUCAACACACAAGAUGAUCCUUGCAAACUCCUGCUUUUCCUAUUGUGUUCUGGAGUUGUCAUGCUAAGUUUUUUAUUUAUUUUUUUCUCCCUCUGUCCUCAGUUCUUUACAGGUAAAUUCAGAAAAUGCACCACCCCAUUUUCACUUUUCUUCGUCACAUUGUUUUGCUUUUGUUUUAAAGUUUUGGAAGAUUGUCUAGUUGUCUUCUUUUCCUCUUUCUCUCUCCCCCUUUCCUGCCCUUAGUCUCUCUAGCUCUUAUAACUCCCUCCCCUUCUUUGCUCUAACUCCUCUUCUUUCUUUUUGUUUUGGAACAUGUGUAAUUUUGGGAUGUUUUGGCUUGGGCUGGAUUUUUCAAAGACACCCUUUUCCUUUUCAGAAACCUCUGAAUUUUUUUCCAUUUGAUUAAAAAGAAUUUUAAAAGAA